AUGGCGAGUCAAUCCAUAGCAAGUCGUUGGAUGCGUAAGAGGUUCCUGAAAAAGAAUGAUAUUGCGGAUGAAAAAUAUGAAGAUAAUCUGAUUAAGCGGGUAGUUGAGGAGAGGGAAAGACCAAUACGCCGUGGUUCAAUCAAAGGUAGGAUUGUUGUUCCACGCUAUAUAACUAAAGGUCAUGAAAAUCUCUACCGUGACUACUUCGCUGAUCCACCUAUAUUUUCUGAUAAUGUUUUUCGGAGAAGGUUCCGAAUGAGACGUCAUGUUUUUCUUAGAAUUCAAAAUGCAGUGCUUUUAUGUGAUCCAUAUUUCUUGCAAAAAAGGAAUGCUGCUGGAGCUAUCGGGUUGUCAUCAUAUCAAAAGAUAACUGCUGCACUACGAAUGCUUGCUUAUGGAGUUCCAGCAGAUUAUGUAGAUGAAUACGUUCGAAUAGGUGAAAGUACUGCUCUAAAGAGUCUUAAAAGGUUUGUUAAUGCUGUAGUUGUUAUGUUUGGUGAUGAGUAUUUGAGACCACCAAAUAGUAACGACAUAGCUAGAUUGCUUUCAAUUGGUGAAAAACGUGGAUUUCCUGGAAUGUUGGGGAGCAUAGACUGUAUGCAUUGGAGAUGGAAAAAUUGUCCAUCUGCAUGGCAAGGUAUGUAUUCUGGUCACUACCAUGAACCAACAAUUAUAUUGGAAGCUGUAGCUUCAUAUGAUCUUUGGAUUUGGCAUGCAUUUUUUGGGUUGCCAGGAUCUCACAAUGAUAUCAAUGUGUUAGAUCGGUCUUCUUUAUUUGAUGACCUAGCCACAGGACGUGCUCCUCCUGUCAACUAUUUAGUUAAUGGCAAACCGUAUAAUAUGGGAUACUACCUUGCUGAUGGUAUAUAUCCAACAUGGGCGACAUUUGUAAAGACAAUACCAGCUCCACAAGGAAAUAAGAAGAAACACUUUGCUAAACAACAGGAGGGAGCAAGAAAAGAUGUAGAGCGAGCAUUUGGAGUACUCCAAGCACGUUUUGCAAUUGUACGAGGACCAGCACGUUUAUGGAAUCAAGAGACACUUAAGGAUAUCAUGACAGCAUGCAUAAUAAUGCACAAUAUGAUUGUGGAAGACGAGCGAGAUGAUGACCACUAUAUUAGAAAUAUUGGUCGAGAUCGUGAUAGUGAAAUUGAUCAAAUCAUUGAGAAUUAUGAUAUAGUUGGAGAGCCUUCAAAUGUAUUACCAUCACAUGAGCGAACACAAACAUUGAUGGAGUUCAUUGACAACCAUCUCCGCAUUAAAGAUGGGGAGACUCAUUCUAGACUACAAGGAGAUCUUAUCGAACACUUAUGGCAGCUACAUGGAGGAGAAUGA